CUCCCUUGAGCGUACAGUACAGUAUCAUCCAGCCAUGCAUGCAUGCUUUGCCUGCAUGGAACACGCCAGAGACGCAUUGUACACCCUAAAGCCAGCCCUGCCCACCCCUAUAAAUACCGUGGCCGUUGGGCACACUUGAACGCACCAUCACAGCAAGUUAAACCCCAUCUCUUUGACAUAACACUUCAUUGUCCCGAACUUGUCUCGUGACUCUCUCUUGCAAGGGGAGAGAAGACCAAGUAGAGGAGACUUAUUUUGCAAAGAGAUGGGGGAGAACGGCGUGGGCAAGAACAACUACCAGGGGAGCGCGGCGGCGGCGGCCAUGGAGGUGUCCUCCGCGGAGCACGGCCAGGCGGGCGGCUCCAAGUGCUACGACGACGACGGCCGCCUCAAGCGUACCGGGACGAUGUGGACGGCGAGCGCCCACAUCAUCACGGCGGUGAUCGGGUCCGGGGUGCUGUCGCUGGCCUGGGCCAUCGGCCAGCUCGGCUGGGUGGCCGGCCCCGCCGUCAUGCUGCUCUUCUCCCUCGUCACCUACUACACCUCCUCGCUGCUCUCCGACUGCUACCGCUCCGGCGACGAGACCACCGGCAAGCGCAACUACACCUACAUGGACGCCGUCAACGCCAACCUCAGUGGCAUCAAGGUCCAGCUCUGCGGAUUCCUGCAGUACGCCAACAUCGUCGGCGUCGCCAUUGGAUACACCAUCGCCGCCUCCAUUAGCAUGCUUGCGAUCAAGAGGGCCAACUGCUUCCACGUCGAGGGGCACGUGAACCCGUGCCACAUCUCGAGCACGCCCUACAUGAUCAUCUUCGGCGUGGCGGAGAUCUUCUUCUCGCAGAUCCCGGACUUCGACCAGAUCUCCUGGCUCUCCAUCCUGGCCGCCAUCAUGUCCUUCACCUACUCCACCAUCGGCCUCGGCCUCGGCAUCGUCCAGGUGGUCGCCAACAAGGGCGUCAAGGGCAGCCUCACCGGCAUCAGCAUCGGCGUCGUCACGCCCAUGGACAAGGUGUGGCGGAGCCUCCAGGCCUUCGGCGACAUCGCCUUCGCCUACUCCUACUCGCUCAUCCUCAUCGAGAUCCAGGACACCAUCAGGGCGCCGCCGCCGUCCGAGGCCAAGGUCAUGCGCCGCGCCACCGUCGUCAGCGUCGCCACCACCACGCUCUUCUACAUGCUCUGCGGCUGCAUGGGCUACGCCGCCUUCGGCGACAACGCCCCCGGGAACCUCCUCACCGGCUUCGGCUUCUACGAGCCAUUCUGGCUGCUCGACAUCGCCAACGCCGCCAUCGUCGUCCACCUCGUCGGCGCCUACCAGGUCUACUGCCAGCCCCUGUUCGCCUUCGUGGAGAAGUGGGCGCAGCAGAGGUGGCCCAAGUCGCGGUUCAUCACCGGAGAGAUCCAGGUCCCGCUCGUCUCCUGCGGCUUCAAGCUCAACCUCUUCCGCCUGACGUGGCGGUCGGCGUUCGUGGUGGCCACGACCGUCGUGUCCAUGCUGCUGCCCUUCUUCAACGACGUCGUCGGCUUCCUCGGGGCCAUCGGGUUCUGGCCGCUCACCGUCUACUUCCCCGUGGAGAUGUACAUCGUGCAGAAGAAGAUACCCAAGUGGAGCUCACAGUGGGUGUGCCUACAGCUGCUCAGCCUCGCCUGCCUCAUCAUCACCAUUGCCGCCGCCGCCGGCUCCAUCGCCGGGAUAAUGUCCGACCUAAAGGUCUACAAGCCGUUCUCCACGACUGACUGAUCGAUGCGUGGCUGGCCGUCGCAUGAAUGCACAGAUCCUCGAUGGACAGAAUAUGCCUACAAGCUCUAAUCAAUUAAUCAACCAAUUAUCACACUUCACUAAAAAUUACAUGUUCAAGUAAUUGUUGCUUCUAAAACAGCCGGUGUACCACCGGUGCUGCUGAUUUCAUUUUCCUUUGUUUGCCAUCCAUCGUGUUAACUGAAAAUGGUAGAAGGGAACCAAAAUAGUGUACUUCCAAAGUGGUGUGAUUGUAAGUACGUUAAUGAGAAACGGAUGUUCUCAUGAUAACUACUUGAGUGGUAUUAAGAUCAUUAUCCA